AUGCAAGCUUUGGUUGGAGGCUCAUCUGGGGCUAGUCAGUACUAUUCCGGUCAGCCAGGGUGUUCGCAGGCUAGAACUCCAGAUUAUGAUGGUUAUUCGACUUCAUCAACUUCUAUUCAGCGUCUGAUGCUAGACCGCGGAUGCUUUGAGUGUGGUGAGAUGGGUGAUUUCAAGCGAAAUUGUCCCAGACUUAGGCAAGGUGGCCAGAGUACUCAGUUUCAGGAUCCCAGAGCUCCAGCAUCAGGUAGAAGGGGAGGAUCUUAUGGGGGUAACUGUACUCAGUCUGGGCGUGGCAGUCACAGCGCUAAUAGAGGUGGCACCCAGCCUAACAGAGGACGAUUUCAGUCUGGUAGAGGUGGACAUCAGCCCGACAGGGGUGGAGCUUAG